AUUAAGCAUCAGUAGAGCAUCCAUCAUGGCCUGCACCUGGAUGCUGUUGAACAAGACCCGGUGGAUGACUUCUGAUGGCUUAAGACCCCUGAUAUUUUUUAGUUGUUGAAGUCAAGGGAAAUGAAAUCGUUCUUUUUUAGCUUGGUUUCUGGUUCCUGAGGGCAGAACACAUGAUUACACGGGGGAAGAAAUUAACUGUGGUGCGGGGCGUUUAGCAAAAGCAUCUGUACCAUGUUUAAGUCCUCAGCCUAGACCUCUGACAGACAGGGAUGGGGCAGGGAGCCUGGUCUGGCGCAAAGCAGAACGGCCUGAUGGUUUCCCAUGUAUCCUCACAGGAGCAGGAAGGAUUUCUCAUCUACUGUCUGGUGGAGCUGGCCAUGUGGCUUGAGCCCCAUUGAAACCGGUGAUUGAUUCAUGCCAGCUCAAGGCUGGAGGGUGUCUGACGGAGGUGCUUUUCCUUGGAGACUCCAAACUCAGGCUGUGAGAUACAACCUGCUUAUUAGUGCCCCGCCGGGCAAAAGCCUGGGGUCUGCUUAUCGCCAGGAGUGUCUCACUGGCUGCCCAUGAGAUGGGGAGACACGGCUGCCGAACCAGGCUUUGAUUGCAGCGAUUAUAGUUCCUUGAAUUUGUAACGGUGGGAAGAUGGAGGGAUGGUAAUUCUGCAUUAUUAUGCAGAAACACGCGGAGCUGUCAAUGCCGCAGGUAAACACGGCAGCAGGAAGACAUUAAUCUUUGCACAUUAACCGAAGCGUUGGCUUGCUGCGUUCGGUCGUGUACCGCUGUGAGCACCGGGUAGCCUUGCUCCUUCCCUCUGCUGUGCGAAGGACCAGGUGCAGCAGGCCCAGAGGAUCCUAGUGGUCCCUUCUGAUUUGUGAACCGAGUAGCCGGGGGUGAUGCUGAGCUGGGAUUUGGAUAGACGGUGUCCUUGUGCCCCCGUCUCAUCCUCUCGCCCUGUUCAUCCAAGUUCCCUCAUUUGUUGUAGCAGAGCUAACCAACCUGCCCCAAGAGCCUGUGUUUUUGGAUCAAAGCCUCAAGUCAAACCCUCAGCCCUCUCUCCCGCACGCUCCUUGCUGCUCUUGCUCCUUGCAAUACUUCUGCACACAUAGAGCCCAAGGUGAGAGGAGCAGGACCAGGCCCUAGCAAACUCCCCCCUUCUCAGCUCUGCACCAGACCCUUAGCUGGCUUGGCUUGGUGUCAUGAUGCAUUGCAAUCCAGGUUCACUUCCCAGCUCUGCCACUGGCCUGCUGGCCGACCUUGGGCAAGUCACCUCCCUGUUCCAUGCCUCAGUUUCCCCAGGCUUAUAAUGGGGCCGAUGAGAGUGACCUCUGAAAAGUGCCAUACGAUUUAUGACGCAAAGCACUACACGCCGAUCGGCACCGCCGGAAGCUGGGGAGAGCUAGAAAUUCAUCUCAAGGGCUGGCAUAGCACCAGCCUGCAGCAUUCCUCCUCCAUCCCCAGCUGGGAUUUCCUUGCUUUUUUUAGCUUUUAGAUACAUCAGCGCAUAAAUGCUCCGGGUUCAGUGGGGAUGUUUCUUAUUAAGUUGAUGUGCUUCCCCAUAAAAGCCGCCAGUUGCCAUGGGUCUGACCAGAAAGGCUGACUUUUAAUUGCCUUGUAUUUGAAUGGGGGUUUCUUCUCCCGUUUUCCUUCCAUCACCUGGAGGUCAACAGUUUGUUUAAAUUCAAUAUUGUUAUUGACCUGCCAGAACUUGGCCUUGUGUAUUUGUCUUCUAGGAGGAUCGAUGCCUCUUUAUUCCCAAUGUGGUUAGUAUUGACUUAGAAGAAAGAUUGUGCUGCUCUCUGAAGUACUUCUGUAUGGAGAGGACCCUUGUGUUGAUGAGAGAAGGCCCUCUGAUUUCUGUAUUUCAUUGGGGUCCCCCGCGGAGGAGAGACAUGCAGUAGGAGCCCGUGCGUCCCGUCGACGAGUGACGCUGGUUCAGGCCCCGCGGUAGCACACAGCAGGACAAAAGGACUCGGCAGAGGACAGGAAAUGCAGAGAAUCAGCUGCCUCCUCACAGGAUUUGUCUUAAUCCUCGGUGUGACCAGCACGGAGCAUUUGGCCCGGUCAGGCCGCAGGGUGUGCUCCACGGUGACGCAGAGCCAGACGGUUUCAUACCUGGAGUCCCAUGUCCAGCCGGUCUACCAGCCCUACCUCACCACCUGCCAGGGACACCGCGUGUGCAGCACGUACAGAACCAUAUACAAGGUUGCCCACCGCCAGGCAUUCAAGAAGUACUCCCAGCCCAUGUACACGUGCUGUCCAGGCUGGAGAAGGGCAAGCGGCCAUGCAGCCAGCUGCAACACAGCUGUUUGUAGGGCGCCGUGCCAGAAUGGCGGGAGAUGCUCCUUUCCGGACAGAUGCACCUGCCCUCCGGGGUGGACGGGAAGAGCCUGCCAGACAGACAUGGACGAGUGCUCCGGCCAGGGUCACGGCUGCGGCCAGCGCUGCGUGAACACGCCUGGGAGUUACCGCUGCGCCUGUCACGAGGGGCAUCGGCUCUCUGCAGAUGGGAAAUCAUGCCGGGCUCUGCAGCCAGCUUCAAGGACAGAGGUGUCUGCGCCUCCAGCCCUCAACCGAUCCGGAGGUGCCUCCGGCGAAGUGAAGGAAGAAAUGAAAGCCUUGAGGAGCAGGAUGGACGUGCUGGAGCAGAAACUGCAGUUAGUGUUGGCUCCCUUCCAUCACUUCGUGCCAGCUGGGCUGGAUGACGUCAGCCCGGACCCCAUCACCGUCCUGUCCCACUCCCUGCAGCAGCUGGACAGGAUAGACUCCCUGAGCGAGCAGAUCUCUUUCCUGGAGGAGCGCCUCGAGACAUGUGAGUGGAAAGAACAGUGUCGAGGCGAGGCUUUCCCUAACCCAGCGUGGCCAGGGAUUGCCGUUGCAGGCUAUUGCUAACUGCUGUACUCUAGCCCUUUUGCUCUAGGAACGGGCAUGUGCCUUCCUAGGCUGUUUUUAAGCUCCAGUUGCAUCCCCGAGUAGGGCAGGACGAGGUGCUAUCAGUGACCCUGCAGGGUUUUGUGCAGCAUGGGAAAGCGGGGUGGGAAAGGCAGGCCGGGUCACUGCAAACAGCGCUGCCGGCUCUGCGAGCUCGCUGCACGCUGCUCCCAUUAGCCCUUCCAUCACGCUUGCGUGGCGGAGGGUCAGUGACCUGCUGAUUGCUGUGUGGGGGCUUUAUUACUCUUUCAAAAUGGCCGUUUAAGGCACAACGAGCGGGUAAUUUCUGCUCUGCAAGGGUGGAGCAGAGCAGAAAGGCCGAUUUAACUGAGGAAAUGCAGAUCAGUGGCAUAGACAUCAACUUUUAGCUCCAAACCAUCGGCCUAGACGUAACAAAGGAUGCUGUUUGUGUGGGUGCACAGUCUAAUCUGCCUUGUAAUCUUCCAAAAAGCAUCUGUGGGCAGCAAGGACUGACCCAGACCACCUCAAGACGUGGCAGUGGAGGGCAGCGGAGGGCACAUGGGCUUCUUUGAGACAAGUGCUCAGUCCUGGUCAGGUAGUCAUGAAUUUUGCAUGGGACACUUACAGGCUAAAGAGCAGAACUACCCUUCGUUAUCAAGCUCCCUUUUGCUACUGCAUCGUCUUGCAUAGGCAUUCGCAAUGGGGUUGUGAAUAGUCUACCCUACAAGGGACCACAACCCAGAUCCUUAGGUACCAAAGAGCCGCUUUGCAGAUCAGACUACAGCAUCUAGAUCUGCCCAGCCUGCCUCUUCCAGGCCCUUGCUGUUCUCCUCCGGGCUGCUUCGUGUCUGAGAAAGUCAUAAGCACAGCUGGAUAGACACGUGGUUGUCUGUGCCCCUGGGAAUGCUUUUUCUCCUGCAGUCCAGUGGUUGUGGGGUCUGGUGCCUUUCUGUAAGGCCACUUUAUCCAGUUAGCUAAUGGGGAGCUAAUGUCAAACGUGAUGGAUGGACAGGACCUGAAUGUUGCAGCUGAACAUCCAGAGUUCGCCCUUCUCUUUGAAGGUGAAUGAUCAAGGUCCCUUCUGCGCCGUGUCAUCUUGGCCCUGUGACUGUCGCAGUCGUGGUUGUCCACGUGGCCAGGGGGACGUCCAGCACAGGGAGCUUGCUUCUGGGAAGCCUGUCCCCAGGGAGUGCACAGGCCAGGCUGUGCUCCCGGGUUUAUUUCUGUUAUUAUAGCUAAUGUCUGUCUCAUGCGAAACGCAUACGCCAUCCUGGGAAGAGGAUGCACAGCCAAAACUCCCUCCUCCCCUGCGACUGCCCUUGCCUCUUGCAUUUUCAAGCCAAGCCCCAGUUGAAAGCUCUCCUUCUCGUCCUUGUGGCUGACCGGGUCUGCAGCAAGAGUCACAGAGCCAAGACGGGAGCAAGCGAGGGGGAGAGGCACUCCAUGGCCCACUGUGGGGGCUGUUUUUCUAGGAGAUGGGCUCCCAAGGACAGCUUCAAAUGCAUCUGAAGCCAGAGCCCACGUGCUGGAGGAAAUGUCAUAGCAGAACAGACCCCAGCAUGCGUUUGGGCCUGUUGUUUUAAAUACACAGCUUUAUCAGCAGCACGGCGCCGGUGUGGGAGCAAGAGCACCAGGUAGCGUGGAGCACUUCCAAGUUACAGCUCCAAAGUCCAUGCAUGCAGCUAGAGCUCGGGCCACACCGCUCCGGCACGCUUUCCCUUUCCAAAGGCAAGUGUUGACAAAUGGAAAGUAGAUUAAACCCAGCUCUCUGCAUUAGGGCAGAGCUAACGAUGAGGCCCAACACCACCCUGAGCAGGGCAUGGAGAGAGAAAGAGGAGCAUCGCUGCUGGCCUCAGCACAACCCCAUAUGCCUUCUUUUUUUUUUUUUUUUGAUUUUAGGGUUUUCCCAGGCUGUUUUGCUUGGCGAGUGCGGUUCGGACUGCGUAGGCAACCACGUGCCCCCUGCUCCCCAGGGCAGGCUUGGGCGAGUAGCUGCUAGGGUUAGUGUGCCUUGCUGUAACAAGGAGACUCUCUUGUUGUAGCUGGGAGGCAAAACAGCACUAAAAGAGAGACUGAUUAUUUUUUGAGCUGCUCCAUCUGCAGCUAAAUUGAAUCCCUUUGAGAGGGGCGGGUAACAACAGGUGGAGUUUUAGCUGUAAGCUGCGGGCUGCCUUGUGAGUGAAUGACUCCAAAACGAUUAGUUCAAACCAGGCUUUUGCCUCUGAAGUCCCGUCGCUUUGAUUUGGGCUCGAGCGCCUCCCGCUCGUCGCUGUCGAACAGCAUUGCGUCUCGUUAGCAAGACGAGCGAUGGCUCACGUCUGCACAGCGUUUGCAUUUUCCAUUUGGCUUCUGUGCAGACGCCCCCCUCCGAAGCGCUGCCACUGCCACAAAGCCGCUCCUCCUGACUCGCCUUCACGACCAUGAAAAGCGAGCGCUGUUCAGGCUGGCCGUGGCUGCUUUCGGCUCCGAACCGGCUGGCUAUGACAUAGACCUCGGAGGAAUCUCCAACCCUCGCAGCCCGGCAAUGGCUGCUUUCAGUUCCUAGCUGCUUGGCUAUUACGUAGACCUCGAAGGAAUCCACAACCCGCCGGCAAGGCCGAGCGAGAUAGAAAGCACUCUGUCAGCUCGGCGGCUCGCGGCGACCUGGCUUGCUAUGCAAGGGGCAAAGGUUUGGUGACGCACUGAAAAAAUGGAGAUAGUGAGGACAAGAGCAGCAGUUUUGGACUGAUGUCAGGUCUCUUGAAAGAGAGGGGGGAAAAAAAAUAAUCCCAGUUGCUCUAAGGCAGCUAGACUCAGCCGGGCCAUUGCAAUGAGGCCCAAACCGGAUCACUAGCGUGGCUUUGAAUCGCACUCGCUCACUGGGUAUCAUCACCCGCCCGCAAGCCAGAGCAUGUAGGAACAGAGAGGGUCACUGACUGCCUUCCUAUUGCUACCUACCCCCGGCUCUUGCCCUAGCAGAGUCAAGGUCUGCCCUUGUUUGCAGAAAGCAAACCGCGGACGUGUCCCGCAGGGUAGUCUCUGGUUCACACAGCCGGUUUGCACCAUCCCCGAGCUAUCGCAUUAGCAUCAGUGAACUGGCGGUGAAGACCUUGUUGGCACACAGCGAUGACGCUAGCUUCGCUACGCUGCUGCAGCCGCAGCAGGAGCAUGGUCAGUUAGACCCAUUUCUCAACCAGCGGGACUUUACAAUUAUAGCAAUAAAACUUAUUCUCGACAAAAUUAUUGCCCUUUUUAAUUUUUCAUGUCCUUAAAAACCUCCCUUAAUGAUUCAUAUAAUACUAAAAUGCAUGUAAACUUCAAAAUACACUUCUUGGAAAAGCGGGGUUUUGUUUUUAUCAUGGUGGGACCAGGGUUUUUUGACAAAAUGGUUGGUGCGAUGUAAGGUGCCAAAGGUUGAGAGACGCUGAAUUAGACCCAGAUGCACGCGCUUAAAAAGCAAGGACGUGGUGUCCUAUUUCUUUUUGUGCAUAAGCUAGCCCAGGAUGAAGUACCGCUGCCAGACAAUGGGUAGGAGCAGCAUAAACUGCUCCAGGAGAGUUGGCAGGGAGCAGCGACAAGGGGGUGGCGUGGGAGCCAGGACUCCUGCCUUUUAUUCCUCGUGCUCUGGGUGCCCCAGUCAUAUGAGCAUGUCAGGCUGCUUUCAGCCAGCCAGAUCCCCUCCUAAUGCCAGUUCUGGAUUUAUCCAU